AAGGAUCCAGACUAGAGAUGUUACUCCGCCCCUCAAUGAUUUCAUCAAUGGAGACGCACAAAGCCACACCGCAGUCAUCGUUCUUAAAAGGGAGAUUUCAUCAAAAUUGACAGGAAAAUUUAUUGUUUGGGUUAAGAUUGCUUUGACGCAUACGUUGAGAAAUGGCGGUACAUCUUUGUCAUCUGAUAUAAGAAUAGACAUAAGAAGUAUAUAGUGUAGCUGGUUUGUGACAUUUUCUGUAGACAGAAGCUGCACACGCGGACAAGAGUUUGAAGAGACGAGACCAGGAACAAAGUAUUACGUGGUGAGCGUAAACACCAUCCUGUUUUGACGAAAACACGUCUGAACUCUUAGUGGCUGUGAGUGGAGACUAAAAGAUUUAACCAUAAUGCGACAGUACAGUUUCCAGACGGGCGUGCGGAACACCUUCCAUAUUGUGGACUACGUCUUGUUUGGUGCCUUGCUGGUAAUUUGUGCAGGAAUCGGGUUAUUUUAUGCCAUUAAAGACCGGAAACGAGGAAACACGAAAGAGUACCUGUUGGCGGGAGGGAACAUGAGUGCCAUUCCCGUGGCAUUGUCCCUCCUGGCGAGUUUCAUGUCGGCCAUCACGUUGCUAGGGACGCCAGCCGAGAUGUACAAUUAUACGACUAUAUACUGGUGGAUAGGACUGGGCUACUUCUUCACCAUAGCACUUGCCUCUCAUAUCUAUAUCCCGGUGUUCUUUAGACUCAGAAUCACUAGUUCAUAUGAGUAUCUUGGUAUUCGGUUCGGCCUGGCGACACGAACUAUCGCCUCUAUCAUCUACGUCAUACAAAUGGUUCUGUAUAUGUCUAUUGUACUGUACGCACCGUCUCUGGCCAUCAAUGCAGUGACCGAUUUCAGCUUGUGGGGCGCCGUCUGGGCCGUUGGGCUCGUCUGUAUCUUCUACACAACAUUGGGUGGUAUGAAGGCGGUGCUAUGGACUGACACGUUCCAGGUCACAAUGAUGGUUGCAGGUCUGCUUGCUGUCCUCAUCCAAGGUUCCAUCGAAGUAGGGGGAUUCAGUAAGGCAUGGGAGAUAUCUCGUGCUAGCGGAAGGAUUUGGUUUACAGACUUUGAUCCGGACCCGAUUGUGCGACACAGUUUCUGGACAUGUGUAUUCGGGGGCGCCUUCACGUGGUUGUCUGUAUAUGGCGCCAACCAGGCGCAGAUUCAGCGCGCCAUCACCUGCCCGACUGUGAGGAAGGCACAGUACGCCUACUGGUUUAAUUUCCCUGGCCUGUGUGUGAUACUUAUCCUUUGCGCUCUCAUAGGAACUGUUAUAUACGCUUUCUACGAAACCUGUGAUCCUAAGUCCUUCGGACUCAUCAGUGCUUCAGAUCAGUUACUCCCCCUGUUUGUGAUGGACGUGCUCGGCCACAUGCCCGGUAUACCAGGACUGUUCGUCUCCUGUCUCUUCAGUGGCGCACUCAGCACCCUCUCUUCGGGUUUGAAUUCUAUAGCUGCUGUCAUACUUGAGGAUUGUGUCAAAAUUUUCUGUUUUAAAGAAAUGUCAGAGCUUAAAGCUACGUUCGCUUCGAAGUUUCUUGCCGUCCUGUUCGGGUUUAUUUGUAUCGGAUUAACCUAUGUAGCGUCACUCCUGGGAGGUGUGUUACAGGCAGCACUUGCGCUCUUUGGUGUGAUUGGAGGACCGUUAUUAGGGGUGUUUACACUCGGAAUGCUGUUUCCCUGGGCCAAUCAGAAGGGAGCCAUCACAGGAAUGGUCACUAGUCUGGCAUUCAUGUUAUGGAUCAGUAUUGGUUAUCAGGUCUACAAACCCAAAGUGGCCACUUUCUCGGUGACUAACGUGACAGGAUGUAACUGGAACCUCACCACCACUCCAGCCAGCGUCACUUCCGCUAUUGUCACCACAACAAUCUCGGGCGUUGCCACAACAACGACACAAGCAGCAGCAGGCAGCAGCACAGACCUGUUGAUGAGGCUGUACUCUCUGUCCUAUCUGUGGUACAGUGCUACCGCCAUGAUUUUCGUCAUCGGUUUGGGUCUUAUCGUCAGCUUUAUGACAGGUCGGACGGAUCCCCAGACCCUCGACCCCAGACUGAUCUGCCCUAUCUUUGAUGUGUUCAUGCCGUUCCUCCCCGAAAAAUUGAGGAGACGUUUGUGGUUCGGUGUCCGACACGACGAGGUUAUUGAUGAGAAGCCUGUCAAUGAUGUGGAACUGACCGUAAACAAAGAUGAAUCCCAACAUCAUAAACCAGGGAUGUACCCAACAGAAAAUGGCGUCAGCAAUCAGGCAUACGUCAUUUCCGGUGAUGAUCAGAAACCACACCAACGUUUUACGCAUCUAUGAUUUUUACUCGAAAAUUCAUUUGUCAACACUAUGGAGAAUUGGAUGAGACGACUCACAAGUUAUAUGAAAUCCACAUGCUUAACAUUAUGUUAUUUAAGAAUAUACUUAGAUUAUUCAAUAUGUUCUGAUGAUAAUCAGGAAACUGUAUGUUAGUGAUGUGCAAAGAUUGUUUACUUUUAUCGUCAGUGUACAUUUUGCACGUGAGCGGUGUUUGUUAGUACUAUAAGGUGCGUAAGUGUUAAUAACGAUACCUGUUCACAGGAUAUUACCCAAAGGUUACUACCAACAGGUUACUACCCACGGGAUACUAUUCACGGGAUACUAUCCAAGGGAUACUACCCACGGGAUACUACCCACGGAUACUAUCCACGGGAUACGACCCACGGGAUACUACCCACGGGAUACUACCCACAGAUACUAUCCACGGGAUACGACCCACGGGAUGCUACCCACGGGAUACUAUCCACGGGAUACUACCCACGGGAUACUACCCACGGGAUACUACCAACGGGAUACUACCCACAGGUUACUAUCCACGGGAUACUACCCACGGUUACUAUCCACGGGAUACGUCCCACGGGAUGCUACCCACGGGAUACUACCCACGGGAUACUACCCACGGGAUACUACCCACGGGAUACUACCCACGGGAUACUACCCAUGGGAUACUACCCACAGGUUACUAUCCACGGGAUACUACCCACAGGUUACUAUCCACGGGAUACUUCCCACGGGAUACUACCCACAGGUUACUAUCCACGGGAUACUUCCCACGGGAUACUUCCCACGGGAUACUAGUCACAGGUUACUACCCACGGGAUACUACCCACGGGAUACUACCCACGGGAUACUACCCACGGGAUACUACCCAUAGGUUACUACCAACAGGCUACUACCCACGGAUACUACCCACAGGUUACUACCAACAGGUUACUACCCACAGGAUACUACCCACAGGUUACUACCCACGGGAUACUACCCACGGGAUACUACCCACGGGAUACUACCCUCGGGAUACUACCCUCGGGAUACUACCCACGGGAUACUACCCACGGGAUACUACCUACGGGAUACUACCCUCGGGAUACUACCCACGGGAUACUACCUACGGUUACUACCCACGGGAUACUACCUACGGGAUACUACCCUCGGGAUACUACCCCACGGGAUACUACCCCCAGGUUACUACCCACGGGAUACUACCUACGGGAUACUACCCUCGGGAUACUACCCACGGGAUACUACCCCCAGGUUACUAUCCACGGGAUACUACCUACAGGAUACUACCCACGGGAUACUAACCACGGGAUACUACCCACGGGAUACUACCCACGGAUACUACCCACGGAUACUACCCACAGGUUACUACCAACAGGUUACUACCCACAGGAUACUACCCACAGGUUACUACCCACGGGAUACUACCAACGGGAUACUACCCACGGGAUACUACCCACGGUUACUAUCCACGGGAUACGUCCCACGGGAUACUACCCACGGGAUACUACCCACGGGAUACUACCCACGGGAUACUACCCACAGGUUACUAUCCACGGGAUACUACCCACAUGUUACUAUCCACGGGAUACUACCCACGGGAUACUACCCACGGAUACUACCCACGGGAUACUACCCACAGGUUACUACCCACGGGAUACUACCCACGGGAUACUACCCACGGGAUACUACCCACAGGAUACUACCCACGGAUACUACCCACAGGUUACUACCAACAGGUUACUACCCACGGGAUACUACCCACAGGUUACUACCCACGGGAUACUACCCACGGGAUACUACCCACGGAUACUACCCACGGGAUACUACCCACGGAUACUACCCACGGAUACUACCCACGGGUUACUACCCACAGGAUACUACCCACGGGAUACUACCCACGGGAUACUACCCACGGGAUACUACCCACGGGAUACUACCCACGGGAUACUACCUACGGGAUACUACCCACGGGAUACUACCCACAGGAUACUACCCACGGAUACUACCCACAGGUUACUACCAACACGUAACUACCCACGGGAUACUACCCACGGGAUACUACCCACAGGUUACUACCCACAGGUUACUACCCACAGGAUACUACCCACGGGAUACUACCCACAGGUUACUACCCACGGGAUACUACCUACGGGAUAUUACCCUCGGGAUACUACCCACAGGAUAUUACUCACAUGAUACUAUUAGGCCAUCGACUUGUUUAAUUAUGAAAUUCGAUACCUUUUACGGAUAUAUCAAAACGAUAUCAAUGACUUUCUAAAACUUUCAAGGCAAAUGUUGAAAUUCAUGAUUUUUUAAUUCAGACAAAUAAUGCUAAUAAAUGCACGCAUGAAAAUCGUGGUUGGAAUGAUGCCAUCCGUUGUGUGAAUUGUCCGUACCAUGGGAACUGACCACAGGUCCCAUACUGCCAGAAUGGUGGGUACCAUGGGAACUGACCACAGGUCCCUUACUGCCAAAAUGGUGGGUACCAUGGGAACUGACCACAGGUCCCUUACUGCCAGAAUGGUGGGUACCAUGGAGGAUAGAGACAUGAGGUGGGUCACUAUGUGGAAGUCGAUGUGACUGACUUUCCCAUUCAUAUAUAGGUCCAUUACUCGAUGUGACUGACUUUCCCAUUCAUAUAAAGGUCCAUUACUCGAUGUGACUGACUUUCCCAUUCAUAUAAAGGUCCAUUACUCGAUGUGACUGACUUUCCCAUUCAUAUAAAGGUCCAUUACUCGAUGUGACUGACUUUCCCAUUCAUAUAAAGGUCCAUUACUCGAUGUGACUGACUUUCCCAUUCAUAUAAAGGUCCAUUACUCGAUGUGACUGACUUUCCCAUUCAUAUAAAUGUCCAUUACUCGAUGUGACUGACUUUCCCAUUCAUAUAAAGGUCCAUUACUCGAUGUGACUGACUUUCCCAUUCAUAUAAAGGUCCAUUACUCGAUGUGACUGACUUUCCCAUUCAUAUAAAGGUCCAUUACUCGAUGUGACUGACUUUCCCAUUCAUAUAAAGGUCCAUUACUCGAUGUGACUGACUUUCCCAUUCAUAUAAAGGUCCAUUACUCGAUGUGACUGACUUUCCCUUUCAUAUAAAGGUCCAUUACUCGAUGAACUCGAAGAUGACGACGUUGGUUUUGAAGACGUACAUGUGGCAUUACGAGAUUUAUUUUCAUUACCUUUCAAACAUUUUUGGUCAUUUUAAGUUGAUAUUGAUCUUUAUUAUUGAAAAUUUGCUUUUGACUACCAUUAACAUGUUGUGUAUUUUAUCAUGUUUUUAUUGCUUUCAAAUUACUUAUGUAAUUAUAAAUGUGCAACAAGAUAUUAAAUUGAAUUGAAAAUUGAACACAACAUUUUCUGAUAAAAAGUGCUUUCGAUAAUGCCAAUAUUAUUUUUAGCACAGGUUUUUAUGUGAUUGAAAAAAAUUCAAGAAAUAAAAUAACAAAUAAAUCAACAUUAGGCCUAUC